AAAACCAGCAAUGGUAGUUUUUCUUCACAGAAACCAUGAUAACAGGGAGAAGAGAUGUGGCUUAGGGCGCAAGUACAUAUUCUAAAUGUUCAUUUUUUCCAUGAUUUUUGACAGUCAUUUAAAAACAUUUUCUGUGAUUUCAGCAUUAAUAGUUUUUGUACAAUCUUGGUCAGUUAGUCUUUAUAGUUUCAGACAGUAUUUUAGGCUUUUCUCCUUUGAUUCUGUUAGUUAGGCUUUGACAGUAAAUGAGUAAAUAGGUAGAGUCUAAUGUCUACUUAUGACUAUCAACUAUUACACAAGAAUUGGGCUCUACACACAAUUAUUUCUUUCAUUUUUCCUUCCUCCAUACCCUGUAUGUUAUAUAUACUUUGCGCAUAGGAAUAACUAGCUAGAGAUAAGUUUCAAUGGAACUUGCUUUCUAAUUUUGGCUUGGAGUCUAUGACAAAGUGUCUGUUACCUUAUCUUUCAGACAAAACUUGAAGACCAAAAUGUUCUCCAAGUGCAAGGCAUAAUUAUUAUAUUGAGGAUAUUAAUCCAUACUUUCCUCAAAUAAUGCUGUACCCAUGAAUUUAUUUUCCAUUUCCCUCAUAUCCACUUUCUCUAAAAUUAAAUUGAUAUGGCAUCUUACAUUGUUAAUAUCAAAAUAGUCCCCCUCCCUUCUUUCUUUAAGUAUCUGUUGAAUGGCUCAUCGGGAGCUUAGAGAGACCUGCUUGCUCAGAGAAGAGACAGAAUUGUGCCUUAAACAUCCCCUCCCCAGCAUACCCCUGUCCUCCAGUACAGCACUGGGUUUACUAAGUACUCAGGAAAUAUCUGUCAGUUUGGACUUGACAUUCUAAAUCAUUACAUGACUUAUUUCCUUUUAUCAUUUAUCUCAGCACUAAAGGGUAAGUAGUGCCCGUCUAUUGGUAGGAUACUCUUACUUUCCAAAUUCUGAGUCCCACCCCUAACCUCAAAGGAAGGAACAAUCCUCAAAGCCUAUUUGAAUCAAUUAAUUUCUUCGUUCAUGCAAAAAUUAUGUAGGGGGAAAAUGAAAAGUGGAAGGAAGAGGAAAACGUCAGGAUACUCUUCUGCCUCUUUUCUGUUAUACUUAAAAUUAAUCAUAUAAGCUUUUUCUAACUUUGCCUCAAGGGAUCCAGUGACAAAAAGACUGUAAGGCUGUCUACCGCAGUGUCUGACAAUAGUGGAUGCUUGAUAUAUACUAGUUUAUUUAUUAUAAUAUAACGUACUAAAAUCAGAGGAUCUCCCUCCUUUAUUGCUACAUGAUCCACCAGCCUAUUUUCUUCUUUUCUCUCUUUCACUUAAAGAAUGAUCUGUGUGUGAUUUUUAAAAAAUAUAUGUAUACAUAAUAUAUAUAAUAUAUAUAAUUAUUUAAAAAUAUCAUAUAUAUAUAUUUGUACGAUGGUUCAAUGCUUAGUUACCCAAUAAAGUGCAGAUGAGAAAUUACGUCCAACAUUUUCCUUAAAUCUCUUCUACAAUUUAAGACAUCUCAGGGAAGGGAUAGAGGAACUCCUCCAUCAACGGAUCAUGAUUUUUAUCUCUGUCAAGUGACCCACAAUUUGGUUACUGGUGCAAUGAGAAAUUAAGAAAUUAGCACACUUUUAUGACUGUCAUUUCGCAGUCACUCAAAUCAGAACUGGAAUGCCACAAAAACAACUCCCUGUUAGCCCAGAGAAAAAAAAGAAAGAAAGUAAAGGGGAAAUUCAGAUUAGUCACAAAGAAGUUCCCCCGCCUGCCUGCAGAAGCUGCAGUGUUAAAACUGAGAGAGUGUGCUCUGUUCUUUCAAUUGCCUCUUAUCUCUGGUCCCAGGACCUCUGUGUAUUUUCUGAUUGAUAAGCUUUGUUUUCCCUUCCCCUCCUUCUUUGUGAGGAAGAGGUCAGUCCUCCAUCAGGCUCCCCUUUGUUACAGUUUUCAUCUUCCCUGCAUCCCGAUUGUGAAGAUGGAAGGGGUCCAACCCCUGGAUGAGAAUGUGGGAAACGCACCAGGGCGAAGAUUCCAGAGCAACAAGCUAUUGCUGGUGGCGGCUGUAAUUCAGGGGCUGGGGCUGCUCCUGUGUUUCACCUACAUCUGCCUGCACUUCUAUGCUUCCCAGGUGCCACCUCAGUAUCCUCCAGUUCAAAGUAUCAAAGUACAAUUUACCAAGUGUGGGAAUGGGACAGGUUGCAUCAUCACAUCGCCAAACAAGGAUGAAACCAUGAAGGUGCAAGACAACUCAAUCAUCAUCAACUGUGAUGGGUUUUAUCUCAUCUCCCUGAAGGGCUACUUCUCUGAGGAGCUCAGCCUCAGCCUUUAUUACCGGAAGGGUCGGAAACCUCUCUUCUCCCUGAGCAAUGUCAAAUCUGUCGACUCCAUUGGAGUGGCCCAUCUGGCUUUUAAGGACAAAGUCUACUUUAACGUGACCACUCACAAUACCGCCUACAAAGACAUCCAGGUGAAUGGUGGGGAAUUGAUUGUCAUUCUUCAAACUCCUGGUGGAUUCUGUGCCUACUGAGGACCUGAGGGCUGCACCUAAGCCUGGCACCAGCAAGAACACUGAACUGGGGUUGGACAGGACUCUGAUUCUUCUGUGGGAGUGGAGAAGUCGUCCUAGCUUAGCCCCCAUAUAUGGCCACACGGGAUGUGACCUGAAGCAGAUCCCCUAACUCAGGGAUAUUUAAAACUUAUUUUACAUACGAAUUAACUUUAUUUAUCUUCACAUCUUCUAAAUCACCUAUCCCUCAUCCCUGAUGGUUGCCUCAAGCUUACUAGUUACCUCUACAAAAAUGAGAAAAUAGGUGCCCCUUCCUUAAGGCACAUUAUUUCUAUUGAUCAGGAAAUUGUCAUAAUAAACUUUCUUUAUUGAAAAAGACACUUGACUACCCUUUGCUGGAAAUCUGACAUCUGGCUUUAUCAAAAUGAAGAGGACAAAGGAAGGGGACAUGAAUCUGUCAAAGGUGGUAUCUCUCCAAGAUGAAAUUAGUUGCUAUUUGCAUAGUACCUAAAUACUUCUCUCAUUUGGUGGAGUUCAAAAGGAAAAUCAUCUUGAGAACAGCUGCCAGGACUUGAAGACAGCCAGCUAAAGAAUACUCUGUGCUCUGGGCUUUUUUUUUUUUUUCUUUGCCACUUUGCUUUUCCAGCCUCCAAUGUAAUUAAUAGAGAUUUCCCUUCAAAGAUGCUAUGAAAAAUGUAAUCAGAAAUUUCAGGAAAACUGUAAGAGAUUUUUCCAAACUCGGGAGAGCAAGAUAAUUUAUUGUGAGGGUUAUCUUUAUCGCAUAGGAGAGCAGUGAAACUGGACAUCUCAGGGUAAAAGUCAGUAAGAAUUUAAAUAGUCUGGGAAGGAAAAGACAUAAGCAGGAGGCAAAGCAACCCAUGUGCAUUCUCCUGCUUAUGCUGAAUAUACAAUCAGCUCCAUUUCUUGUACAUGUAUACCACAUUGCUAGUUUAAAAAAUGAAGCAAUUCUUUUCUUAAACACAAAUUUAUGUUGAGACACUGAGAAGCUAUUAUAUGAAAAAUACUGACGAGACACUGAGAAGCUAUUAUAUGAAAAAUACUGACAUCUGUCUACAAACACCAUCAUAUCAUAUAUGAUCUCACAUUGAUAAUUGAGACUAGAAUGACCAAUAAUCAGCCAAUACCAAUAGGGGAAAAGAUCCACUUAUUUUUAAUUUAAACAUCCCUCUUGAUGCACCAGGCUUAUGGCACUGUGGACAAACUUCCAGAUGAUUUGUAAGAACUCAAAUUUUUGAUAAAAUUUUUAAAUGGCAGCAAAUGUUUUUCUCCCAUUUUAAAUAGAGUGUAUAACAUAACAUAGAAUCUUUCUGGAUGGUUCUGUGUCAUCACAGUGAUUGUACAGUGAUAUCUUCAGGAUCCCCAGAAAGGUGGAAGACAGUGUGCCCCUACACUAAAUGGCCUCAAUUACGUUUUGACUUUUUCCUAUCUAUUUAACAUAGUUUUCCAUGUGUUUUAUCUAUGUCCACCUAUGUUCCUGCACCCUCUAUUUUAAUCUGUUAUGGAGAGAAGCUAAACAAAGAUGCAUCAUAAAAAGAAGCUAAAUAAGAGAAAUUGUGCAUAAGAGUAACCAAGCUCUGAGUGGCUGCCAAGGCACUCACAUACUCAUGAUCAUGAUCAUGACCAUGAGCAUAAUCAUAGGUAAACAGUGGAGGGUCUGCUGUGGACCAGGCAUUGGGCUAAAUGCUUUACAUGAAUUGUUCUGAGCAAGAUACUCUAUGACAUUUGUCUUAACUACUCAGAGAAUUUAAAUCUGUGUGUGUCGGUGUGUGUAGGGUGUGUGUGUGUGUGUGUGUGUGUGUGUGUGUAUGUGUAUUUCUUUGUUAUUGACUAUGGUCUGCAAAGUUGAAGUUACUCAAUGGGUGAUAUCUAAUAAGUAAAUGUUUAUGACUUAGAUAAUAUUUAAGAAUAUAUAUAUUUACUUUUUAAAGUUUGAAAUGUCUAACUAUAUUUCUCCUGGACAUGCACAUUCCAGGCCUAAGCAUAAUUGUUCUGUGGGUUAUCUGUCUUUGGUGUCAUGGUCCUUCCUCACAGAUGCCCACUCCCUUUGGGUACACGUGGCUUGCUCUUCCCAUGCUGGCCUCCUUUGGCCAUGCAGGGAUUUUAUUUUGCCAUGCGCCAGCUUCACCCCCUCUCCCACUUCUACCCAACAAAAUAUGUUUGUCCUCUUUAAGUCAUUCCUUCAGAAAGAUAAUUAACCCUUCUUCGGAGACAACAAAGUUUUGUGGAAAGAGAGCUGAAUGAAAAGUCAGGAGAUUGAAAACCUAAUUUGAUUCAGUCAGUAACUAGCUAUGUGACCUUAAGCAAGUAACUUCCCAUUUUUGGAUCCUGUUUUCCUCUCCUGUUAAAUGAUCAUUUUAGAAUCUUAUAGUGCUAACUGUGAAUGUACAUACUAAAUGUCUACAUACUGGUUGCUGUGAGUCAAGAUGUAUAGCCUUGGAUUUUUUUUCUUAGACAAACUAACAUCUUCACUCAGCCUUCUUGAGGAUUCUUCCAAAAAGCAGCUGCAAUCAUUACUUAGUAACUUUCUGUUUAGGGGAUGGCUUAAGGGAUUCCAAUCUUGAUCCAAAAUCAUAAUUCGUUCUUAAGCAUACUGGGCAGGUCCCCUAUUUUAAGACAUAAUUUUGUAGUUAGUGCUUUUCUGGCUCUCAGGAAGUAUUAAUAUUGAUAUUAAUAAUAUAGCUAAUAAUAAUAUUGAUAUUUACAUGGAAACAAAUAAAAGAUUUCAGAAUUCACUACUGGCUAAAGUGCUGCAGUUUUUGUUUAUCCUUCUCUUCCUUUCUUUGUUAUGAUCAGCUAAUUCCUUGAUGAGGGAAGGAUGGGGCACGUGUUCCAGUUUCCUAACUGCUUCCAAUUUCAGCCAUCGGAACUAUGUCCGGGGAUACAACUAUCCAAAUUCCAUCUUUGCUUUUGAAAAGAUAUUCACUAGAAGUCCUUAGGGCUCCUCUUCUUGUUCAUGAGACUGAUUCAAAUACAAUUCUACUAUGUACUGUUCUUCUUUCUCUCAGGAAUUCUUGCCUCAUUUCUAAACCUGGGAUGAUCUCUUUGAGUAUUAUGUCCCUUCUCUUUAGUAGUAAUUACAUCCUAAACCUUAUUACUCUCCUUAUCUGUAAAAUGGGGAUAUUAAUACAUACCUUCUGGAGUUUUGUGACCCUGAGAGUACCCAACAUAUUGUCUGAAACAUGGUUGGUCUCAAUACCUAAUAACUAUUAAUUUACAAAAGUCACUUUAAGUGCCAAAGGAAUAAAAGAAUUAUGGGGGUUUAGUAUGAGAGAUCACUGAAGCAUAAUGGAAGAGCCUUGUAGGAUUCAGACUGGAGAAGAAGGAAGGAGAACAUAGCUGGGGAAGAACAGUAUGUACAAAGGCAAAGGGGUAGGACUUCUCAUGGUGUUUUCUGGGGACAAGGAGCUACCACUAUGGUUAUGGCACUCAUUCACUCAUUUCUUUGUUUGAGCAUAUUCUAUUUUUCCAAGACAGGAAUUUGUGUUUGGUCAUUGUGGGAGAUAGGAUUAAUGGGUAGUUUGAGGAUAAAAUAUUGGAGGUGUAAAGACAAAGCUGAGAAUUUUGGAUCGUGUCUUACAAAAGGAAACACAGGUUUUGAGAAGAAUUUAUCACGGUUUUGGAAAAAGUCUAAGUUCUUGUCAAUGUCACUUUUUCAUUUUGACCCAAUUCAUAGGAGAAUAUUACUUUCUGUCAGUUUAACAAAAGCUUCAAAUUACUUUAACUAGAAAAAAAUGAGAAAAAGAAAUUUCAUGAUAGCCACAUUUUUAAUACUUUCAGAAAAAGACAUAUAGAAGUUUUCUUAUUAAAUUCAAAGUAAAUGUUUAAUAAAGAUUAUACUGGGUCAUUUUUAAAAUAUUACAAUUUUCUAAAAAGUAGUAUUUAAAAAAAUAUCAACCUGAGAUGUUAUGAGCACUAAAAAAUAAUCCCUGGGGAUUUCAAUCUCUCUGCACAUUUAUUUGUUUUUGCCUUAAAUAUAACCUGUUUCUAAAAUUAAAUUUUUGGCAGUGCUUUGAAAUUGCCUACUUCUGUCUGUCUAUCUAUCUAUCUAUCCAUCUAUCUAUCUAUAAUUUUCUUUCACUGGCAGUAGCCUCACUCACAGAGUAUGUGGGUGGCUUGGAACCUCUCUCUAGAGUUCCUAGUAACUAGCCAUGGUGGCUGUCAUAGCCACUCAUUCAAUCUGUGAUCCAUGGGAUCAAGACAUGAAAGGAUAUGGGUAAAAUUUAAAUGUAAUUAUUACUGAGGAGAACUGACACAUGAAGCCUAUUAAUGCUUUACCACCACCACUCCCCUCCCCCCUCCAACAAAAGCUGGUUGGAUGGUUCUUUUUAAUCUUGAAGGCAUGGCAUGUAAGGACCUUUAGUUCUGACUGUGUCUGGGGGGACAAUUAAGGUAGCAUUCUAUCUGGAAGCUGGCAGGGAGUUGACAUAGGAAGAGGAUGCUAAGCAUCCAGGGUAUUUCAGCUUUCUGCCACAGUCCUUGAGAUAUCUGAAGCCAUUGUGCAUGAGCACAGUUAAACAUGGUCCCGACCAGCAUUUUGGUUAAUGGAACUGGUUGACUUUGUUUAUCUUUUCAUGGCCCAUCUGUGGUAGAAAACAGAGGGAUUCUAAGAGCUGAAGCACAGAAUUUCAGCAUUUGGGUUUCCUUGGAGUCAUGUCAAAGCUGAGAAAAUACUUUUACUUUCAUAUACAUUCUCUUUAUUGCUGAUGUAUAUAAAAGACCUUUCAUUUUCCUACUGAUUAUGCUGUCUUGACCUUUGGUUUUUGAGGUUUGAGGUUAAAAGAACAAUAACAAAAUAAAAAAGUAAUCAACAAGACUUGAUAUUGUAGAAAUAUAAGCAGGAAGUAAUCUCUAAAGGUCAUUUCAGUCCAGCUGUCUACUUUUAUUUAGGGUACACUAUUUAUUAAUAAGAAAAUAUGUUACCUUAGAGAUUUUUAGGAUAUGACAAUCUAUAUCUUCCCCUUAUAAUGAAUUUUAAGAGGUAACAUUCUAUAGUCCUAUGACCAUUCUUUAAGGCAACUUGAAUCUUUUAAUUUGUAAAAUAUCUUCAUUAUUAUGAAUCAAGCAAUAGUCAAGCAGUCAACCUAAAUUUGUUCUACUCCUAUUUUACAUCAGGCAUUGUGCUAGGCAUUUUGUGAUAUUUUUUUUCCUCAUUAGAAAUGAAAAUGAGCUGUUAUUCUUAAUCUUCUUUUAUUCUUAAGCCCCCAAUACUUGCUGUUAUCAUGUCUAUCAUCCAUUCUGCCCCUAACAUACGUGGAUAAAAUGUGGCACGUGAUUUUUAUAUUUUUUCAUGAAUACCAUUUAUGUCCCCUUAAUCAUGUUCCUACUAUUUUAAACUCUUAAAAAUUGAUGCAAAACACCUCUUUUUGGUAAUAAACAAUUCUCAUUCCAUUUACAGUUAAAUCUCAUUUUUAUUACUCAUCAAAUACACAUUUUUUAAAAAAGCAGACAUGUGCAAGUCCAAAAGAAUUUUCCCUAUGAAUUUUCAUUCUUAGAGUACUGAAUUCCUAAGAUAAGGAGACCAGCAUGAGAAUCAGUAGAUUUCUUAUAUGACAUCCCUUAUAUAAUUAAUAAUAUUUUAACCAUUCAUCCACAGAUAAUUAUUGAAUUUCUACUGUAUGUUACCAUGUGCCUACUGUGCUGGAUACUAGAAAUCUAAAUACAAAUAUGAAAUAGUUUCUUUUCACUAGGUAUUUACCAUAGUAUGUGGUCUUAACUGAGUGGGAAGAAGCUAGAAGCCAGGCUACCAAAUAAGAAACCAAGUGUUGAUGUCUGUAAAGCAAAAAAUGGAUCUGUAAAGCAAAAAAUUGGACCUAAUGAUUGGUAGGGUUUAGGUGGUAGAUAAAGGGAGAGAUUAAUGUGUUCAUUCAUUAAAACCAUUAUUGUUUUGA